UUCUUCCUUCACUGCGGCUUCCUAUCCCCUCUCUUUCUCACUCUCACUGAAGCUCGAAAUCCAUGGCCGCGGCAGCCGCCUCCUCGGCCCACCUCUCCUCCGUCUUCUCCCUCUCCACCCACCCCCACCGCCACCGCUUCCACCUCCGAGGCCGCCUCUCCCUCUCCUCCAAGCCCUCCAAACUCCCCCUCCUCUCAUCCCCGGCCUCAUUACCCAAACCCGCCUUAAUCAGAGCCCAACCCGAAGAGUCCGAGACCUUCCUCUUCACCAGCGGCGAAGAAUCCGCGCCUGAGGAGCCCGCUUCCGAGGAGCCCGCUCCCGUCUCCGCCUCUGCCGCUGAAGAAGACGCUCCAUUCGUGCCCCCUAGCCCGCCUGAGGACUUCAUCCCGCCACCCUCGUUCGAUGACGGCCCCCUCGAGACGGAGGAUGAGAUAGCUGCCGCCUACGAGGAGAUCUACGGGCCCGCCUAUAGCGGGGUCAGUCUCCUGGGGAGCGACAUUUACGUGAUGGACUCCAAGGUGAAGAAGACAACCGGGUUCGGGUCGAAGAACAAGAAGGAGAAGAUCAAGGACGGGUUCGAGGAGCGGGUGGUCCAAGUCAGGCGGGUCACCAAGGUCGUUAAGGGAGGGAAGCAGCUUCAUUUCCGGGCCAUUGUCGUGGUCGGCGACAAGAAGGGCCAGGUCGGGGUUGGCGUCGGGAAGGCUAAGGAGGUCAUCGCCGCGGUUCAGAAGUCGGCCGUUAAUGCCCGGAGGAAUAUCAUCACGGUCCCGAUGACCAAGUACUUGACCUUCCCUCACAGGUCUGACGGAGACUAUGGGGCAGCAAAAGUGAUGCUUCGGCCCGCCUCUCCUGGUACCGGAGUCAUUGCCGGAGGAGCUGUGAGAAUCGUUCUUGAGAUGGCAGGGGUUGAGAAUGCCCUGGGGAAGCAGCUGGGGAGCAAGAACGCCCUCAACAACGCUAGGGCAACAGUCGUGGCGGUCCAGAAAAUGAGGCAGUUCCGGGAAGUUGCUGAGGACCGAGGAAUCCCGAUGGAGGAGUUGUGGAAGUGAUCGGGUUUACAUGUAAGUGAAUGUUACUUAGAUUUUUUGUGGCCUUUUGAUAUAAUGGGAUCCUUCUUCCUGGCUUAGCAGUCACAGAAGCAAGAAGCCAUGUAGUUUAUUUUCCUAUUGAAUUUUCAUCCCAUUAUCGAGUUAUCUGUUAUUCCAUCGGUUUUUAUUCCAACUGGUUUGAGCAAAGCCUCAUGUCAUAUAUGUUAUAUCAUCUGCUGUGAGCUUAUCAUUGA